AUGUUGUUCAUCGUUAUCAGCAUCUUCUUGGUUGAAUCCAUCAACUCGGCAGUUCCAAAUUUCAAUGGCUUCGAUAGGGAACAACUGAAUUUUAUCAACGCUCUAAACAUUCAACGAGCGGCCUUUGAUCAUUACACCGUCAAUAUGCAGAAAUUGAUAUGGAACAAAGAUCUACAAGGUUUAGCUGAAAGUAUCGACAAAAAUAGUCUAUCAACUUUUCAUAAUCAAACCAAUUUGCGUUACAUGGCGGCUACCAAUUAUGAAAAUGGGGCUCAGAAAUUAGACGACAAAAGAAUUAUUUUCUACAAUGACUAUUGUCGUGAAGAAGAAGAGAACCGGCAGCCGGAAUCGAAAGACUACACACCUGGAUUAGAGCACCUAAACCCAUUGCAAACUAUAAUUGGAUGUGCCAAAAGAACGGAUUUAUUACAAGAUCACACGGUGGUCUGCUUGCUUGGACCAAGCGGAACGCUGCCAAUUGCAAGCUGCCCUCAAUCUAUAGCAACAUGUGCAAACGGCUUUGAAUAUAAAAACGGAUUUUGCUCGAAUUCUGAUCUACCAGACUCCGAUCAAUUGAUGUAUAUCAGUGCGUUGAAUGAGAAGAGACGGCAAAUUGCAGUUAAAGAUGAUAUCGCGAAUAUGUAUGAGUUUGUUUGGAAUAGAAAUCUGCAUGACAUCGCGUUGAAUGUAGAACAGCACUUCGACUCACGGAUACUUCAAAAACGAAAAUGGCGGAUGACUGAGUUUGUAGAUUUUGAGAAAGGAUUGGAUUAUGAUCCUAACAGUAAGGAAGAAAUUUAUUUCUACAACGUGGCGUUUGAAAUACACAAGGAACAAUUUCGUCCAUUACAAAGAGAAAUCGCGUGUGUGGCGAUUGAUAAAAAGUGGAAUACCGGCUACAAUUAUUUGUGUUUGCUGGGUCCAGAAGCCGAGAAAGUAGAAGGAACUAAAGGUCAACCAGGAUCCCAAUGUGACUUCAACUAUGUAGAAAACAAUGGCUUAUGCUCCAUCGUCAGAACAUCGGCGCCACCUCCAGAAUCACAAGUUCCAAAGCCAUCCACCGAAUCGCCGGUAUGCAAUCCAACUGAUGCCGUGACUUCUGGAACAAUACAACCUCCACUAACACGAUACACAACCGAGGAAUUGACCCCAGAGCCACCGCCACAAGUUCCAAAAGAAUUGGAGGAUUACGAAGAGCUUGAUGGUGACGAGUACGAUCCAGAUUUUCCGACAGUCCCUCCUCGUAAAUAUUAUUUUUAUUAG